AUGAACUCAAAUACGGGCUCUCUCUUCGGAGGGGGUGGUACAACGACCCCACGUCCGAAUAGCCUGUUCGGUUCAGCCAACAACACGACAAGUGCUUUCGGAACCACCGCUACUGGUCCGGCACAGGGUGCUCAAACUUCCUCGUUAUUUGGCCAAUCUCAGCCACAAGCCCAGCAACCUGCUCAAUCUUCCCUGCUUGGUCAGACCCAGCCGCAGGCGACCAGCGGGCAGGCCCAACAAGAACGAGUUUCGACUCAAGCAACCCAGCCGGCAUUCUUCAACAGCCUCCUGGAGCGUGGCAGGAGGCGGCCAUUGUCUUCGGCUGCGCAAACCGGCAAUUUUGAAGACGUACCCAGUCUUCAAUUGGGGCUGGAUGAUAUCCGGAGAAAAGCUAGAGAGUUGGGUACAGCUGGAACCAAAGAUUCCGAGCAAAAUGGCAUUAACAGCAGGGCUCAUUAUCUCCUCGCCUCCUCCGGCAUUUCCCCAGGGCGCGCGCUGCGAGACCUCAGGUCUCUAGAUCCGCAGGCCUCUAUGGCCACCGCGAGAGAGCCUGAUAGCUUCGAUCCGGACAACCAGCGAUUUCUGAGAAACAUCCAGCAGCGUGGCCGGCAGGUCAUGAUUGCCGAGAGUCUUUCUCGAGCGCAAAGGGACUUUGACACAUUCUUGGAGGAGAAGGUGGACAUGGACUGGGAAGAGCAGCGCCAGAAGAUUUUCCAGCAUUUUGGGCUGUCUCAACAAGAUGGAUCUGGUACUGGGGAUUUGAGAUCGACCACGCGUGGUGCAUUUGGUCGAUCUGGAAGACAAUCCAGGCCUGCAAAUGGCCCUUCUGUGGCAUCCCGCAGAAGUGUCUUUGGCCGCUCUGGUCUGGACAAAUCUGUCAUCGGGACCCCUGGGAAUGGCCUUGCCAGUCGCAAGCUCUUCGAGGACCCAGCCGAGCGAGGUGAGGGACUUCCUUCUUCCUCGCCCGAUCUCCGGUUCCUGCGAGAGAAGAUGGGUCACUACGCUGAGAAGGUCCAAGAGUUGAACAUUGCCCGCCUCCAAGGACAAGCGUACCCUGUUCUGCAUCAAUUCUCGGAGGUUGAAAGACAUGCUGGUGGCGAUGUUCCUCAUCAGCUGGUUGCUGCGUACCAAGCUUUGGUGACAAUUAUCAACGAGAAAUCGAACAUCACUAAUAAGACCGACCCUCGUGCGGUAAAAGAGCGACAAUUUGCCGAGGCCUACUUGGAAGAGUCAGCGAGAUCCCCUAACUCGGUCAAUCUCAAGAAGCAAAUUCUCGAAGGCUCAAGAGGGUUCCUGGAGAAAUCAUUCUUCACUGAGGUGGAGAAUGCCAUCGCGAAAAACCCACGUGAAGCCCAAUUGGGCGGUAUUCCGACUACCAUCAACAAGAUUCGAGCAUACAUACGCCUCCGCGCUGCGAGAAAGGACCUCGCCCCAGAUGGGACCGAAUUGCAGAUGGUUGGCGACAACUACUGUUGGAUUCUCAUAUUCUAUCUGCUCCGGUGUGGAUUUGUUCAGGAGGCAGCUCACUACGUGACCAGCGACCCCGGGUUCCGGUCACUGGAUCAUAAGUUCGUGACAUAUAUGACAACUUAUGUGUCGUCAGAUAGGCGACUUCCACGGGACUCGCAGCAAAGAAUCAAUGGCGAGUACCAGCAACGGCUGCGGAACGCGCCAGACAACACAGUCGACCCUUAUCGGAUGGCUUGUUACAAGAUCAUAGGCCGCUGUGAUCUUUCUCGGCGUCGUCUGGACGGCAUCAACCAGAGUGUUGAGGAUUGGAUGUGGUUGCAAUUCAGCCUCGCUCGGGAGGAUGAUCGCGCUGAGGAGGUGGCGAGCGACGUCUUCGGCCUGGAAGACAUCCAAACCGAUAUUACUGAGAUUGGGCAAAGAGUUUUCACCAAGGGCCAGGAGGGACCUGGUGGCUAUGGAACAUUCUUCCUUCUUCAGAUCCUGGGAGGCAUGUUCGAACAGGCUGUGGCUUAUCUGGGUACCUACGCUCCUGUGACGGCCGUUCAUUUUGCCAUCGCACUGGCUUACUACGGUUUGUUGCGUGUGUCCGACUUCUAUACUUCCGGAGAAGAGAUUCUGUCUUUCACGGUGAAGCAGUACCCCCAGAUCAACUUCGGAUAUCUCAUCACCCAAUACACCCGAGAGUUCCGAACUGGAUAUGUUGAAACCGCGAUUGAUUAUUUCACCUUGAUCUGUCUCAAUGCAGAUCUUGGAGGCGCUCUUGGCAAGUCCCAGUCAUCGGUAUGCCACGAAGCCCUGCGUGAGUUCAUCCUAGAGACCAGAGACUUUGCCAAGUUGUUGGGCGAUAUUCGCGACGAUGGUACCAGGAUCAAGGGUGUUAUAGAGCAGCGCCUUGAGUUGAUCAAGCUGGCGGAUCAAGAGGAUUUCUUGAAAAACAUCACGAUCCAGGCUGCUGGCGUGGCAGACGACAAGGGUUUGAUCACUGACGCGGUGCUUCUCUAUCACCUGGCAGAGAACUAUGAUCGCGUCAUUGAUAUCAUCAAUCGUGCACUGUCCGAUGCGAUCGCGAUCGAGUUAGGGGGAACCAUGCCCAAGCUGCAGCCUCUCCGCCCGCGAGUUGAACAGGGUCCAUCUAGCCCAGUGGAUCCUGGCAGCAGUCUCAGCUUGACCUCUGUGGAUGACCCAGUCGAGCUGGGCAAGACCAUGAUUAGCCUCUACGAUGGGAAACCGAUGUACUAUGAGAAGAUCCGCGCUAUCAACCGAGAUUCUUGUGGCCUUCUCCUGCGCAUGUUGACAGCGAAGCACGAAGUCGAAGCCGGCAGAUGGGCGCCCGCACUCGACUGCAUCAACGCAUUGGGCAUUCUUCCUUUGCAGGCCCAAGGUGUCAUGCAAAAGGUACGUGGUGCCGCCCAGGCUUUUUCAUCCUUGCCGGAGAUUAUUUCGCGCAACAUUGGACAUGUCAUUAUGUGGAGCAUUGCGUGCAUCGGCAAUGAGCGACGCCGGCAGACCAGCGGUCCAUUCGAGACGGAGAUGCACCAGGGCUUUGCGGAUCAGCUGCUGGUCAUGGCCAAGGAUCUGAUGGUCUUCUCUGGCAUGGUGAAGUACAAGCUGCCACCCAAGGUUUACGAAGCUCUUGCUCGAGCUGGGGCAGACAUAGGUGCAUACUAG